CGUGUUACAGCCACGCCGGCGGCGCGCGCCGAGGCGGGCUCAGAGCGGCAGGAACGGCGGCGGCUGCGGAGCCGGCAGGGGAAGCGGCGGCGGCAGCAGCAGCAGCAGCAGCAGCAGCAGCACCUCUGGCUCGCGCCCUCCCUCCGCCAACCGUCAGCUCGCGCGCCCGAGUUCGUAGAUGGGGCUGAGCGGCACCCGCUGAGGAGGGGACGGGGAGCGGGAGCCUGUGCCAGCCGCAGCCAUGCAGCAGGUCCUGGAUAACCUUACUGAUCUGCCGACAUCAACAGGCGCUGAAGAAAUAGACCUGAUUUUUCUUAAAGGAAUUAUGGAAAACCCUAUUGUAAGAUCACUUGCUAAGGCUCACGAGCGACUGGAAGAUUCUAAACUAGAGGCUGUCAGUGACAACAACCUGGAGCUGGUGAAUGAAAUUCUUGAAGACAUCAGUCCCUUAAUAAAUAAAGAUGAAAAUAUUGCAGAACUGGUUGGAAUACUCAAGGAACCUCAUUUUCAGUCACUCUUGGAAGCACAUGAUAUUGUGGCUUCAAAAUGUUACGAUUCCCCUCCUUCUAGCCCAGAAGUCAAUAAUUCUUCAGUGAACAACCAGAUUGUUCCAGUAGAUGCCAUUCGUAUCCUUGGAAUUCACAAAAGAGCUGGAGAACCACUGGGUGUUACGUUUAGAGUUGAAAACAAUGAUCUGGUAAUAGCACGAAUUCUUCAUGGUGGAAUGAUAGAUCGACAAGGUCUUCUGCAUGUAGGUGACAUUAUUAAAGAGGUGAAUGGCCAUGAGGUUGGAAACAAUCCCAAAGAAUUGCAGGAACUGCUGAAAAAUAUUAGUGGCAGUGUCACUCUGAAGAUUCUCCCUAGCUACAGAGACACUGUUAUUCCUCAACAGGUUUUUGUGAAGUGUCAUUUUGAUUAUAAUCCAUAUAACGACAACCUCAUCCCAUGCAAAGAAGCAGGUUUGAAAUUUUCUAAAGGAGAAAUUCUUCAGAUUGUAAACCGGGAAGAUCCAAAUUGGUGGCAGGCUAGUCAUGUCAAAGAAGGCGGAAGUGCGGGGCUAAUUCCUAGCCAGUUCCUGGAAGAGAAGAGAAAGGCCUUCGUUAGGAGGGAUUGGGACAACUCAGGGCCUUUCUGCGGAACAAUAAGCAGCAAAAAAAAGAAAAAGAUGAUGUAUCUCACUACAAGAAAUGCAGAAUUUGAUCGUCAUGAAAUCCAGAUCUAUGAGGAAGUAGCCAAAAUGCCUCCUUUUCAGAGGAAAACGCUUGUCUUAAUUGGAGCCCAAGGAGUGGGGCGAAGAAGUUUGAAGAACAGGUUUAUAGUACUGAAUCCUACUAGGUUUGGAACUACAGUGCCAUUUACUUCACGAAAGCCAAGGGAUGAUGAAAAGGAUGGGCAAGCCUACAGAUUUGUGUCACGAGCUGAAAUGGAGAUGGAUAUUAAAGCUGGCAGAUAUUUAGAGCAUGGAGAAUAUGAAGGAAAUCUUUAUGGCACCAAAAUUGAUUCCAUCCUUGAAGUUGUUCAGACAGGAAGGACCUGCAUUUUGGACGUGAAUCCACAGGCCCUGAAAAUAUUGAGAACUUCAGAAUUCAUGCCCUAUGUGGUGUUUAUUGCUGCUCCAGAAUUGGAGACUUUGCGCGCUAUGCACAAGGCUGUGGUAGAUGCUGGAAUUACAACCAAACUUCUCACUGACACCGAUUUGAAAAAAACAGUGGAUGAGAGUGCACGGAUCCAGAGAGCAUACAACCACUAUUUUGAUCUGACCAUUGUAAAUGACAACCUAGACAAAGCCUUCGAGAAGCUACAGACUGCUAUCGAGAGACUGAGGCUGGAACCACAGUGGGUCCCAAUUAGCUGGGUAUAUUGAGGUUUCUGAAGAGGGGCUUAAGUAACAAAUAAAAUCAACUGCAGCAACUAC